UGUCGCUCUCCUCUGCAUCAGCUCAUAAAUGGCACUUCCAGUGCAUCGCAAAUUCAGUGUGCGACGGGGUGUAAUGGAGUUCGGUGAUCACUUGCAGCCUGGUUCGAUUAUUUAGUGACGAUCGAGUUUGCUUCAUUCCGACAUGCGCGGAUCGUGGGAUCGACGUUCAAUUGAUUUCCGUGUUGGCUUCAGUCUUUGCUGACACAGCGCAAGACGUGGACAUUCAAACUCGAUCGAGUGAGAUGCGCGAGUCGAGUCAUCUCUAGACUUGGUGAUAGAGGAUUCCGUGUUGAUCGGCUUCGCGAUAAUCCUGUUCGGUGUACGUCUUAUCGUCUUGCCAGUUGGCUUGUAAAUUUGGAGGAGCUAGAGCUGGAAGCUAUUGGAGUUUCGUAGUGACUGGAUCACGGCCUGGAGUCGACUUAAUUCGAAUAAAAAGAAGCAGUUGAUGACGUCUAGUCAUCAGCUGGUGCUGGAGUUGAGACCUUGUAGCGAUUAGAGUUGUGAGCGGUUUUUGUUCUAGAGGUGGUUGUGGAGUGUUCAGAGUUGUUGCAGGAUCAAGCGAGACGGUGUUAGAUAUGGCGCCUUACGUGCCCGGAGACAACUUGCACUAUGGAAACAUGAAGGUGGGCUACAGCGUUGACGAUGGCCAAGAAACCACGUACUUGGAUCCCCGCUUGCCGUUGCUGCAGCACGCUGAUCUCAAGGACAAGGUGGUGCUCCUCCGUGUUGACCACAACGUCGUGAAGAAAGGUAAAAUAUUGGACCAAUACAGAAUCGAUGUCACCCUGGCGACAAUGUACAAUAUCAUUGAGCGCGGCGGACGGCCCAUUAUCAUGACGCAUAUUGGUCGACCUUACGACAAGAAAACCAAGACCCUGACCAUCAAGCAGGACGACUCUGUCGAUGCUGUAGUUGCAUACCUGCAACGCAAGCUGCGCAUCAAGUUCGCGGUGCCGCAGUUCCAUGUGACGGAGAAGGAAGGAAUUCACGACAUCGACACAUCGAUCAACUGGCUUAUCCACGACCUCCGUGCCCGCAAGAUCGGAGGCAUCUACUUGCCCAACACCCGGUGGUUUGCUGGAGAGGAGGACAAAGGAGUGAAUAUGGAGCGGUUUGUUGUGCAAUUGGCUGGGCUCGCUGACGUGUUCGUCAACGACGCUUUCGGCUCAUGGCAACCUCACGCCUCCACAUACCACAUCACGAAAUACUUACCUUCGUACGCCGGCCUGUGCAUGCAGGCUGAGUUGUCUCAUGUGAGGGAAGUUCUGGAACCGAAGCACCCCUUCGUCGCCGUCGUCGCAGGCUCGAAGUAUGACACUAAGAUUGGCCCCUUGACAGAGAUUUACAAGAAAGUCGACAACCUCAUCCUCGGUGGCAUUAUCUACAAUACUUUUCUGUGCGCGAAAUACAACGUCCGAAUGAAGGGCGUGGAGGAGUCCGACAUCGAAUUGGCCAAGGGACUCGUGGAGCAGGAUAAAUUGCAGAAAAAAAUCCUCGAGCUGCCAAUGAUCGUGGAGACGGACACUCUCGCCGGUCGAUUCGAAGGCCAAUUCCGCACAAUCAACGUGAACGAUUUCAAGGAGGGUCAAGAAUUCGGCUACGUCGUGGACGUUGACCCCGCCUCGUUUGAAACCCCGGAAGUACGCCAGGUGCUAGAGUCCGCGAAGACGAUCUUCGUGAACGCCGUCAUGGGCAUGAUGCCUGCAUUCUGGCACGGGACGAGCAAGAUGGACGAGGCCAUCGACCGCAACACGACGGCGCAGAAAUUCUUCGGCGGGGGCGAUACGCUGCAAGAGUUCAAGAGUUUGUGGCCGGGGCUAUACCAGGCAGCCUUGGACAGCGCCAAGUACUACCUCUUCACCGGGGGAGGUACCGUGCUCAAGGUGUUGGAAGAAGGCGACCCCUUUGGCCUACCCACCGUGAGAGCCCUGAUCGAAAACGGAGAGCAGUAUGGCCAUAGCCAAGAGAACGGCCGCAGCUCCUCCCCGACUCGAAUGUGAAUAAACUCAACUCUGAUGUCGCCACAUUCUUGUCUUAAUCAUCCAUUCAUGCACUCCAGAACCCCGACGCCAUCAUUGAGCAAAUCAUUUAUCACCGGCAGAGCCUCAUGUGCCUGCGCAGUUAAGAUGCGUUAGUGAAGGCGCAAGCAACAACUCCUCAUGCCAUUUAAUAAUCGCACGUUGUGUGUAGUCUGCGGUGUCCAGUUCGGAUAGCAUCGGAGAGAGACGGAUCUAUCAAUUUCAUUUUGCCUGAAACCGUGUAAAGCCGAUGCGAGCUUCGUCGCUGCGUCGCACCCAAUUUGCGCAAUCCCUACUACUUGUUCGUGCCUAAGAUUUUUCCCCCUCGCGCUGCACAUCGCGCGCGCAAUGCCUCGAAUCAGGGUUUCGACAAGGCUCUGGCCUCGUCCUCUCUCCCGGGUCUAGAAACUUCCGCGUCGGUUGUCUGUUGUGGGCGUUCCCUGUCCCGUUCCCCUUAUGAAGUUCCCACAACUUGCAUUUUAAUAUGUAAAAUGUAGACUAGUGCAUUUGUUUCUCUGUUUCUUUCUUCUAAUUAUGUAUAUCUUUUUAGUUAUCGGAAGACCAUUUGUUAUAGGAUUUUUCUGCACUAGUACUAUAGAAUUUUUUCGACAAUGUUUUAUAAUCACGGUUUAAAAUUUUUUUAAAAAAAAAAUGCUAUGACUUAUAGAGA